CAAUUGCUAGUAAAUUCGCAUAAAUGAGUUCUCUGACGAGCCCAUAAAUCAUAUCUUCUUCCUAUGUAUGCUCUCAACGACAUAUUCUUUACUUGUUCGAUUCACUUCGUUCCAGCACAGAACAGCGAGUAGCAAACCGCAAGAUACUUGCACAAUUUCUAGAGAGGGGGGUCCCCCCACCUCUCUGUACACUUCGUUUCGCCAGAAGCCCCAAAAGCAACAGACGAUGAUCAACAAAAUGAAAAAAAAAAAACGCUGUAAACAAAUUGAUAUGGGACGGCGAGCCACAGAACAAAAAAAACAUGAGAAUCAACAGCCAAUGCUGCCAUAAUACAAACGUUCCAGAUGGACUCCAAAGCAAGGAAAAAGAUCUGAAUGAAAUCAGUAUAGAAUGCGAAACCAUAAGUGAAACAUGUGAAAUUCAAAUACAUAAAUACAAAAAUUUAAGAAAAUUUCCAACAAAAGCUUAUAAAAAAAAUAUUGUGCAAUUGUUUUUAUUAAAAAAAAAAAAGAAUUGUAAAUAAGCAAAGAAAUUUCUUGUCUAGUGAACCUAAGUGAAAAAAAAUUCCAGAACAUCCAUUAAGGAAUGUGCAAUAAAUAGUGCAUUAAAAAGUAUUCGUCAUCCGGGAUACCCCACAAUCACUUCACACCCACCGACCCCAACAACCACCGCCAAACAAACAACAACAACAACAUAAGCAGCUUCUCCACAAUGCAACAUAAUUUUGAAUUGAAAAAACCUCCCUUUCUAAAAUGGCUUAAACUACUUCUGCUGCUGGGAUAUGUUUCAAAUCAGCCUACAUAUGCAGCAAAAAUUCUCGGAUUAUUUCCCCAUGCCAGUGAAAGUCAUUUUAUGGUCAUGAGAACUUUUAUGAUGGAACUAGCACGUCGGGAUCAUAAUGUCACCAUUUACAGUAGUCACCGUUUAGAUGAUCGCUUGGAUAACCUCAAGGAAAUUAUAAUAGAACCAGAAUUUCCAUUUUGGAAAGAAGUCCAGAAACAAGCGGGGGCAAAGGACCUUCUCGAGUUGAGCAAGUUAAGCGAUGAGAAACUAUCAAAAUAUUUGGCUCAAGCAGGUGCAGCGUUAAUGGAUAACUUUUUGGAUAAUUACCAAGUAAAGGAUCUACUAAGUCUCCAGCCAGAUGAUUUCGAUUAUGAUCUGAUAAUAGUGGAUAUGUUUUAUACGGAAUCUCUAUUGGCGAUGGGUUAUUAUUUCAGAACUCCCAUUGUUGCCAUAGUAAGCAAAGAUUUUUCAGACUACAUGGAACUAGUUCAGGAGAUGCUGGUACCAACUGCUUGUUUGCCCUACGACUUGGAAAACUAUGAUGCCAAUUUGGGUUUCUGGCAAAGACUGAAUAACGUUAAACAAUGUGUAAACAGGCGCAAUAGCUUCAUAGAAGACCAUUAUGGCAGUCAGGAGAAAAUUAUAAAGAAACAUUUUCACAAAAUUCAAGGUGGCCUGCCCUCUAUUAUGGAUCUGCAAUCGAAUUUAGCCUUGCUUUUGGUCAAUAACUACUAUCCCUUGGCUGCACCUAAACCCUUAGUGCCCAAUAUAAUACCUGUUGGAGGUUUGCAGAUCAGGGCCCCACGUGAACUACCCUGGCAGAUACGCCGCUUUCUGGAUGAGGCUCGUUCUGGAGUGGUCUACAUUAAUAUGGGUGAUGAACAACUAUGCGGAGACAUACCCAAAGAAAAACUAGAGGCCCUGCUACACGUCUUCAACAAACGAGAAGAACGUUUCCUUUGGACUUGCCAUGACAUACAGAAAAUGGAAGGCCUUCCUAAGAACGUCAUGUUGCAACAUUUAGUACCACAAACCGAUAUUCUAGCUCAUCCACAUGUUAAAAUUUUCAUAACUAAUGGAGAUUUGUUGGCUCUGCAAGAAUCCAUAGUUCGCCAUGUCCCCAUAGUGGGUAUUCCCAUGUUCAAAAAUGAAUUGGAAAAUGUGAUAAUGGCCGAAAAACUACAAAUCGGCUUGCGUAUAGACUAUGCAAAUUUAACUGAAACUUCAUUGGGCUGGGCUUUGGAUUCAAUGGCCUAUAAGGAAUUUUAUAUACUCAACAUUAGAGAUAUUUCCAAGAUCUUUCGUGACCGACCUUUGGGUGGUUUGGCUAAUGCCCUCUUUUGGCUUGACUAUGUGGUACGCUAUGGCAAUCAACCUUUGAGGACUAAUGGCAUAGGAAUGCCUUUGGGAGAAAUGCAUUUAAAUGAUUUAAUGAUUUAUAAUUUUAUGAUCACCCUACUGGUAUUGGCAUCUUUGGUGGGCCUUUACUUUGUGGGCCUGUUUGUGUAUCGAAAAAGACAAACGGAAAAAAUGUUCUCUAAAUUAAAUUAAAAUAAGACAGUUUUGAAAAAUAAAAUCAAUAAAAACCA